CAGUGAGGUGCGAAAGGUGACCGCCCCAAGCGCUCUCGUCUGUUGGGACUCGCCUGUAUUUUUCGGCUCUGAUCUGCUUGCAUAAAAAUACUGGUUAGUCAGUAAAUUAUUUACACAUAGGAAUGGCUCUCGCAGAUGCGAUGCUGCCGUCCAUAACCACUUUUGCAAGUAACCUGAUUUUGGAGAAAAGGCAGUGUGAAAUUGUCAACGACUGGAAAGUGGACAAGAAUGAAACGAACGCAACAGGCGAUGAUCUGAAAUCCCUCAUCGAGGUUGAAUUUAGCAUCGCCAAGUCCCCUACGCGAAACAGGGAUGAAGACGAUCUUGCCAAAUUCCUAGAUUUGGAGUUCAUCUUGUCCAACACCGUUGCACUUGAAAGCAAUCGGAGUUGCUCCCAGUCGUCCGCCUAUCCGCUCCCGGAGUCCCCGGAGAGUUGCAGCACGGUAUAUGACAGCGACGGCUCCCACCACGCGUCCAGUGCCUUCGGGGGCGGCAGCCUGGUGGCGGAGCUGCUCACGCCGGAAAUGGGCUACCAGGGAGACGCUCAGCAGGACUACAGUCUCUGCGCGGUCAUGGACAGACGCGAGUACACAGAACUUCGCGCACUCAGCUUGGCAAACCCUGUCCACAUACCACUCGACAACAUUCACCAUAUGGUACAGAAAAUCAAAACGGAAAACACCGAGCAGUCAUGCAUGAUGGCAGCUGAGUUCAUGAGCCCCGUGUACGAGCAGAAGCCCCUGCGCUCCGCCCACCUGCAGCAGCUCCAGGGCUACGUGAGCCACGGCGCGCCGCUCGGUCUGUCCCGGGACGGGAUGAUACGCAAAGACUGCCACCUGGCAGAAGUGCACCAGCAGCACCGGCCUCACUUCAUGGCCGAUCCCCAAUACCCAGCCCAGUACCAGUACAGCAUGUUUGCGGAGCCCAUGCGGCUUCACCACCCCGGCAUGACGCUCACACCGCCGUCGUCGCCACUUCUGGACUUCUUCUCGCCUGACGAUUGCAAACCCAAACGGGGCCGUCGGUCCUGGGCGAGGAAGCGCUCGGCUACGCACAGCUGCGAGUUUCCUGGGUGCGGAAAGACUUACACCAAAAGCUCGCAUCUGAAAGCUCACAUGCGGACGCACACAGGUGAGAAGCCGUACCACUGUAACUGGGAAGGCUGCGGCUGGAAAUUCGCCAGGUCGGACGAGUUGACCCGCCACUACAGGAAGCACACGGGCCACCGGCCCUUCCAGUGCCACCUGUGCGAGCGGGCGUUCUCCCGCUCCGAUCACCUGGCUCUGCACAUGAAGCGGCACAUGUGAUCAGCGCCUUUUCUCCUCCAAAAACCCCAUGUAAAUAUACGGACUAUGUGUGCGUAAAUUAAGGCAGUAUUUAAUGACACUCCACUCUAAUGAAAUGUCUUCCAUCGUAAGUUAUUAAAUGACAACAGACAGUGAACAUGAAGAUGGGCAGGACCCUUCAGAUAUUUUUGUAAAUAGAUUUUUAAACGCAGGCUAUUUUCUAUGAUUAUUAAUUCUACCUUUCUGGGUAUUUUUACCCCAGAAUAGGGGAAAAGUAAUAGUAUUUACUAUUGGGGGAAAAACAGCUGUAUUGCCAAAUAAAUUCAGUAAAUGUAUUAGGUCUACACCUGCUGUUCCUGCUAACAGCACGCUUCAGUGUCCAACUUUUUUUCCAUAAAGGUAUUUAAGGGCUAUUAUGCGAGGUACUGGCAGACUGCCAUUUAAUAAAGUUGUAUAUGCAUUUAUAAAGCCUGUAUGUUAGAUGAUCUGUAAUUGUUCUUGGAUUUAACAGCAGUACCAUUCCUAUGUAACUUUUCUGUAAAGUGGUAUUGCUCUGAAUGACAGCUGCAUAAACUUGUCAAAGUGUUUUAUGAGAAAAUAAAACUAAGUGAUUUUAAA